GCAUAGAUUAAGCAAAUAGGCCGAGGAGGGAGGGGAGGCCGGCUACGAAUUAGCCUAAGUUAUUAAAGAUGGCGGCGGAGCGGAGUCGCUCCCCGAUGGAGUCGCCGGUCCCGGCCUCUAUGUUCGCCCCCGAGCCCAGCUCCCCGGGGGCGGCCAGGGCCGCGGCGGCUGCCGCCCGGCUCCACGGCGGCUUCGACUCGGACUGCAGCGAGGACGGCGAGGCGCUCAACGGCGAGCCGGAGCUGGACCUCACCAGCAAGCUGGUUCUAGUGAGCCCUACAUCAGAGCAGUAUGACAGCCUACUUCGGCAGAUGUGGGAGAGGAUGGACGAGGGAUGCGGAGAGACCAUAUAUGUCAUUGGGCAGGGAUCAGAUGGGACUGAGUAUGGGCUCAGUGAAGCCGACAUGGAGGCCUCCUACGCCACGGUGAAGAGCAUGGCGGAGCAGAUAGAGGCUGAUGUCAUCCUCCUGCGGGAACGUCAAGAGGCUGGGGGCCGUGUGCGUGAUUACCUGGUCCGGAAACGAGUAGGAGACAAUGACUUCCUGGAGGUCAGGGUAGCAGUAGUAGGCAACGUGGAUGCUGGCAAAAGCACACUUCUGGGGGUCCUGACACACGGGGAGCUGGACAAUGGCCGAGGCUUUGCCCGCCAGAAGCUCUUCCGCCACAAACACGAGAUUGAAUCCGGUCGCACCAGCAGCGUGGGCAACGACAUUCUGGGCUUUGACAGUGAAGGCAACGUGGUGAACAAGCCCGACAGCCACGGUGGCAGCCUGGAAUGGACAAAGAUUUGUGAGAAGUCCACUAAGGUGAUUACCUUCAUCGACUUGGCUGGCCAUGAGAAAUACCUGAAGACCACGGUCUUCGGCAUGACAGGUCAUCUGCCCGACUUCUGCAUGCUCAUGGUGGGCAGCAAUGCUGGCAUCGUGGGGAUGACCAAGGAACAUCUGGGCUUGGCAUUGGCACUCAAUGUGCCUGUCUUUGUGGUGGUCACCAAGAUUGACAUGUGUCCUGCCAACAUCCUGCAAGAAACCCUGAAGCUGUUACAGCGCUUGCUGAAGUCUCCAGGCUGCCGGAAGAUCCCUGUGUUGGUACAGAGCAAGGACGAUGUAAUCGUUACGGCCUCCAACUUCAGCUCUGAGAGGAUGUGCCCGAUAUUCCAGAUCUCCAACGUUACAGGUGAGAACCUUGAUCUGCUGAAGAUGUUCCUCAACCUCCUCUCCCCCCGCACCAGCUACCGGGAGGAAGAGCCUGCCGAGUUUCAGAUCGACGACACCUACUCUGUGCCGGGUGUGGGGACAGUGGUGUCGGGGACAACAUUGAGAGGCCUGAUCAAGCUGAAUGACACACUGCUGCUUGGCCCAGAUCCCCUGGGUAACUUCCUGUCCAUUGCUGUCAAAUCAAUCCACCGCAAGCGCAUGCCUGUUAAGGAGGUGCGAGGGGGCCAGACAGCCUCCUUUGCACUGAAGAAGAUCAAGCGCUCGUCCAUCCGCAAGGGCAUGGUGAUGGUUUCCCCACGCUUGAAUCCCCAAGCAUCCUGGGAGUUUGAGGCCGAGAUCCUUGUCCUCCACCACCCCACCACGAUUAGCCCACGCUACCAGGCCAUGGUGCACUGUGGGAGCAUCAGGCAGACGGCCACCAUUCUGAGCAUGGACAAGGACUGUCUACGCACCGGGGACAAGGCCACUGUGCACUUCCGCUUCAUUAAGACCCCUGAGUACCUGCACAUAGACCAGCGGCUGGUGUUUCGAGAAGGCCGCACCAAGGCCGUGGGCACCAUCACCAAGCUCCUCCAGACCACCAACAACUCCCCGAUGAAUUCAAAGCCCCAGCAAAUUAAAAUGCAGUCAACAAAAAAGGGUCCCUUAACGAAACGAGAAGACGGAGGUCCCUCUGGAGGGCCAGCAGGAGGGGCGCCCCCAUCUGGAGAUGAAGCUUGCUCUCUGGGGACUGUGCAGCCGGCUGUGUCCAGCAGUCUCCAGCCACAGCCCAAGCCCAGCAGCGGGGGCCGGCGACGGGGGGGCCAGCGGCACAAAGUGAAGUCCCAGGGGGCCUGCGUGACUCCUGCCAGCGGCUGCUGAAAUCUCCCUGGCCCACCCCCACCACCCAAGGGAUCCUUGUACUCGGGCCACUGUUCCACCACAUGGGCCAGAGCAGCUCUGACCACCACCCGCCCCCCACCCAGGCCACAGCUGGAGCCUCAUCAUUCCCUGCCCCCACCCCCAUUUUCCAGGGGGGUUGUAAUUUAUAAGCUGAGGAAGGUGGCCAGACUUCCAGAGGACUGACCAUCAUCCACCUUCUUCCCCGCCUUCUUCCUUAACUCAGAUUUUUUGUACAUCUGGGCCCUUAGUUUUUAUUCUUUUUAUUAUCUCUCUCUCUCGUGUGUGUGUGUGUAUGUGCGUGUGUGUGCGCGCGUGUGCCCGUGUGUGCGUGCAGAAGGAUGGUGGUGCGGAAGUGCAGCCGGUCAGGGCCCUGGCAGUCUUUCUCCUUUUUUCCUCUGUGGCUGGCCACCAGCCUCCAGGAGCUGGCUGCCUGCCCAUUUGUCCAUCCGUCUGUGUGUCUCUGUGACAACCUUUAGGGGCUUUCAGGAGCUAAAGAGCACCCUCCUCCCCUGUGCUCACUCCUCUGCACCCAGGGCCCUCCACAAAGCCGGACUCAGGGCUCGGGGGCUUCAUAAGUUCUGCCAGAGCAGGGAGCCUUCCUUCUGGGACUGGAGGGCUUUUAACAGAAUGGAGAGUGGUGGCCUCCUUUUUCUCUCUUCUCCUUUCCCCCUCUUACAUACCCCAAACAGGUAAUGCCAAAAGCUCUUAAACUGUAGCCUCUAGAUGUGUGGAGGAGAGAGGCACUUGGAUUGUAGGACCCCUCCCUGCCCCUAACUCUGACCCUUGCCACUGACCCAAAGACAGCUGGUGGUUUUCCUUUCCCUAUGGAGACAAUCCUGUGUUUGCCUGGCCAGGCCAGGGCAACUCCCGUUGUGUUGAUUUUGAGCUGGAGGCUCUGGUCCUCGAACUUUCUGUGAUAGGAAUCUUACUGGGCCUUGGGGCACUGAUGACCUGGACUGGGUUUGGCUUGCUCUGGGUCUCACUCACCAGCACCUCUUACGGGAGGGUGUGUGUGUGUGUGUGUGUGAGGUGUUCCACUGAGCCAGGCCAGGACUGGAACCCCUCCUUCCCCACUACAGCCCUGCCAUGUUGCCCCAUCAUGGCUGCUACAGGAGCACAACAGGGAAGGGCCUGAGCCCCAUCUGGGGUGUAAGAGGGCAGGUAGGGGUAGUGAAAAAGGUUCUUCCGGGCCCAGUGCAGAGCAUUAAAACCUCUGGAAGAUUCACUUCCUGGGGUGGGAUGGAGUGGGGAUCACUCAGGCCAGUGAGGACAUUGUGGGGCCCAGACCAGCCUGGCCUGAACUGUGGCCAGAAGCCCUAGGUUUAGGGUGGACUGGUGGGUGGAGAUGUGUUCUUUCUAGCCAGGGCAGACACCCAGCUGGCUGGGCCCUUCCUCAGCCUUGCCUCCCUCCCAUUCCUAACCCUUCUCCAUUCUUCCUGCUUCUGGACUGCUGGUCCCCUCACCUCCCCUCCUUCCAACUAUUUCCAGUUACCACUGACCCAUGGCCGUGGACUGACCAGACCAGCACAAAAAAUAAAAGUUUGUUUCAA